UUUUAAAUUAGUUGUAAUGAAAUUGAGAAAACGGAUAGAGCGAAUUAAGUUGAACAAUGGCCACGGUUUCAGCCACUGCGCCACCACCGGCAGAAGUCUCCACCUCGCCGCCGCGCCACCAUCAUCGCCGCCGUAUACUUCACAUCUUAACCCACUCCCCCAUCGUUUCCGUUCCUCAGCUCAAACAAAUACACGCGCAAAUCCUCCGCACUGCUCCAGCACCACACCCCACUUCCGAAACUGCAUUUCUUUACACCAGGCUCCUCCAUUAUUCCUCCUUAAAAGACCUUGUCUACACUCUGCGAAUCUUCAGCCAAAUUCCAGACCCCAACACGUUCGCUUACAACACUCUCAUUAGAGCCUAUGCUCAUAGCAAAGACCACAAGAAAGAAGCUUUUUCAAUUUUCCGGCAACUGCUGAAUCAAGAGGGUUUGUUUCCAGAAAAGUACACGUUCCCAUUUGUGCUCAAAGCUUGUGCUUAUUUGUUUGCUUUGGAUGAAGGGAAACAAGCCCACGCGCACGUAUUGAAACAUGGGUUUGGGUCGAAUGUUUACGCGAACAACAGUUUGAUUCAUUUCUACGCCUCGUGUGGACAAUCGGAGAGUGCGAGGAAAGUGUUCGAUAAAAUGCCAGAGAGAAGCCUGGUCUCGUGGAAUUCGAUUAUCGAUGCGCUUGUGCAGAUGGGGGAGUUUGAUGAAGCUUUGAGAAUGUUUGUGGAAAUGAAGCCGUCAUUCGAUCCGGAUGGAUACACGGUGCAAAGCGUGAUCGAUGCUUGUGCUGGUUUGGGGGCGUUGUCUAUGGGUAUGUGGGCACAUGCAUAUGUGUUAAGAAACUGUGAAAUCGAUGCUAACUUCGAUAUCCUGGUCAAGAAUUCUCUGAUAGAGAUGUAUUGCAAAUGCGGGUCUUUGAGAAUGGCUCUGCAGGUUUUUCACGGAAUGAGUAAACGGGAUGUGAAUUCUUGGAACGCUAUGAUUUUAGGAUUUGCAGUGCACGGAGAGGCAGAGAGAGUAUUCGAAUUCUUUGACCAAAUGGUCAUCGAAGAAAGAAUACAGCCUAAUCCAAUUACAUUUGUUGGUGUCUUGAGUGCUUGCAAUCACAGAGGUUUGGUUGAAGAGGGCCGUAAAUACUUUGAUAUAAUGGUAAAUAAGUUCAAGAUAGAGCCCGUUCUACAGCACUAUGGCUGCCUAAUUGACCUUCUGGCACGCAACGGGCUUAUUGAGGAAGCCCUUGAUAUAGUAUCCAAGAUGCCAAUGAAGCCCGAUGAUGUCAUUUGGAGAAGUCUUCUUGAUUCUACUUGCAGGCAGAGUGGAGGCUUGAACUUGAGCUUGAGCGAAGAAAUGGCGAGGCGUUUAAUGACAGACGAAGCAAAUGCAAGCAGUGAGGCUUAUGUUCUUUUAUCAAGAGUGUACGCAUCUGCCAACCGUUGGAACGAAGUUGGAUUGAUUAGGAAGCUGAUGAGUGACAAGGGUUUGACUAAAGAGCCUGGCUGCAGUUCGGUCGAAAUUAAUGGCACUGUGCACGAGUUUUUUGCAGGGGAUUCGACUCAUCCACAGGCUAAAGAGAUUUACCAGUUCUUGGAUGUGAUUGAAGAAAGAUUGAAGGGUGAAGGGUAUAUUCAGGAUUUCACACAAGCGCCUUUGGUCGACGAAGGUGAAGAUGGGAAAGGGAAUUCACUCAGGCUUCACAGCGAGAGGCUGGCGAUUGCGUUCGGGAUUUUGAAGUCGAAACCAGGUAUUCCUAUACGCGUAUUUAAGAAUCUGCGUGUUUGUGGAGAUUGCCAUAAUUUUACGAAAUUAAUCUCUAAAAUCUUUAAUGUGGAGAUUGUUAUGAGAGAUCGCCUUCGGUUCCAUCGUUUUAAGGAUGGUUCGUGUUCUUGUAUGGAUUUCUGGUAAGAAGCUGUAGUUUGAUCGUCUUCCAAAAUCGAUAAACUACUGAAAAAAAGAGAGGAUUAUCCAUACUUUUCUAAAUCCAAAUCAUUUGCUUUAAUUCACCAACCAUAACACUAAACAGCUCACAAAUCUACAAAAUCCAGGCCAGUAUAGAACAACGACAAAAAAUCAGUUUAAACAAGGAAGAACAAAAGA